UGCAGGGGAAGGAAAAGGCGGCGCCGAUGCUGGAUUCAGCUAGCAUCACAGCCACAACCAGCAACAGCAGCAGCAGCAGCAGGAGCGGCCUCAACGACCGGGCCUUGGCCCAAUCGCUGGCACCAGCACGAGCCACAAGCACCAGCAUAAUAAGCACAAGCAGUACAAGCGCGAUAAAACGAAAUCAUCAAUACGACCUCCUUUCCCUAGCGGACGAGUCCGCGGGCGAGGGGGAGUUUUGGGUUGUCGAGUCAGGCCUGUUGAGUCCACACUUGCAGAGUAGCAAUACGAGUCCGGCGACAAACCUUGCGACUGCCGCCCACAAAACUUUGGGUCCUAGCAGCCACAGCUCGGGCGACAACAGCUCAACACCGGAAGCCACGACCACCAUCGCGGCAACUGGCUGCACCAAGACGCCAGCCGACGAGCAAGACCGUGAAGACCACCGAGGCAUCAAUUUGUCCCGUUCUUCUAUAGUUUCUUCUCCGUGCAACAUCGUCAAACCCAAACCCAAACUACCCAUCCUCCGCACUGCUUCCACCAAAAGUGUUACUCUCGUUCACCCUGCGCCUGGUUUGUUGACUCGAUCGAGCUCGCGCGCCAGCAACAUCGCCCAGCUUGAAGCAACAGCUGAGAAGCUGUCUAUGACCUCGUCCAUUGACAGCGCUAUCCGAGACCUGCACGACGAACAGAAACGAGGCGACAGCCGCAGAUCCUCCAUUCUCGCAGCGAGUCUUGCUUCAGCAACCGCAUCCCCAUCCGGUCCCGAACCGAACUCGGCCGUCUCUUUCUCCAGGCAGGUCUCAACCGCAAGCUCCAUCCUCGAGACCAACAACGCAGCCCGGCUGGGCGGCUACUCGCCCGCGGGUUAUGUUAUGUCUCCACACCACUCGCUGCUCUCCAACACGACGACACGCUUGCGCUCCGGAUCCUACACACGAACUGAGCCCGAACCCGAAACCUUGUUAUCGAGAGGCGGCCUCGGCAAGAGCUCAACUCGAAGCACCAUGUCUGCUACCGCUGCCAAACCGUCUCUGACCGGCAUCGCCGAAAUGGAGACGUCGAAUCUCACCCUGGCCGUCAUGGACGAGGCAGACAAGCUGCCAGAGGAGCCUGAAGACGACGAAGCAAUGUCAAUUCCACACCCUGGAGACAUUCGUCCAACAUCAAACGAGCCACAAUACCAAGGGAUAGCUGCCAACGCUAACGAUUAUUGGGACGAGGCAGUUGCUGAAACCGGAAGGGAAAAAUCUCUUCAAGAUCAGAGGCCAACCACGCCUGCUGGCUCCGCUUGUACCUUUGAGCAAGCAGAGAGGGCAUUUGCCGACUUCGACGGCGCCCAUUGCUCCCCGGAUGCUGCCGACCUUGACAACAACCACAAAGAAAACGGCAACGUUAAUCGCGACCACGAAUACGCAUUUGAGUCCUCCUUUGAGCUGGACCUGUCUUUGGAGAUGCCUCCAGAAUCAGACCCGAAUCGACCCAGGAUAUUGAGGUCAACCGCACCGACAGGGAGGCCCAAAUCCUACAUGGACCCGGAAUCAGGCCAGCAAAUGCUCUACUAUCCUGCGCGUGUGCCCCUGAUGCUCAACUUACCGCAAAAACUAUCUAAGAAUCCUAAGGCGGCCGUGAGGAAUAAGCGUAGGUCACAGAUUCUAAGUGCCAUGCCAGAGGCCAAUCGUCAGAAUAUCAACUGGCUUCCAGAAGUCGUCCCAGAGCCACUGCUCGAUCCCCUCGGUUCUGGUUCUAACUCUGACCUAUCAGCGCCUAUGGCUCGACCUGAUUCCUUCGCUGAAACCCGUCUGUCUUUGCCUCUCUUAUCACCAGAAACGGAACAAGACGCGCAAACACAGGCACGCCCCAAUCCUCGUCCUCUGGACGAAGAAGCGCGCAAGUCUCGCGUAUCUUUCAUGGAUCAUACGGAUAAACGCAAAUCGCGGAUGAGCGGGCUCAACGAACUCCCUCCACAGCUGCGAGCCAGUGCGUUCUUUGAUCUACCUUCCGAGUCACCUCAAAUCGAGCUCAAAGAUGGAUCGGCCACAGCUACCUUGGAUAGCAUCCUGGAUGCAUCUGCCCAUGCCCCUGUGUCUGCAUUUACCGACCAUGCCUUUGCAGGCAGGCUUGGCACCGAGGUGUAUGGCGCGGAUAAGAAGCGCAGGCCGCAAACCAAGCGCGACAGCCAAAUCAAUUUGCCGGAGGUCAAGAAGCGGAGCUCAUUCUUUCGUUUACGCACACCCAGCAAGCUCAGUCUGCACUCGUCUGCUAACAACGACAAGACAAGCAGCCAUGGCGGCAGUGCUAGAAACGACCAAGAUGACGGCUUGGCAGAUGAACGACAGCGACUCUCCGGCUCGGUAGAUGGCGCACCUGUCGAGGUAGAGGGAGAAGACGAAGGGCAGGAAGAGUCAAGUGGAGAAGAGCCAGGCUACAAUGGACCCCCGACAACGCUAUUAGCAGAGCUGCAUAUUCGCAAACAGCAGCAGAAGAUGCGAACGCAAAAUCUCGCCAGCGCGUAUCCCAACGGCAUGCACUCAACGCUCCUCGAGAGGGACACAAUCGCCGAGUUCGAGCGCAAGAACCGAAAGGCCAAGAAAGUUAAUCUUGCGUGGGAAGACCCCAACACCGGCACGGCAGACAACUCUGACGAUGAAGAUCUGCCGCUCGGUCUGCUUAUGGCAAGUAAAAAUGGCGCCACCAACCUCAGUGCCUUCCACGCCGAGAUGAAUCGUCCCCUCGGGCUGAUGGAGCGCCGCGAGUUAGAGGACAAUGAACCCCUCAGUCGACGUCGAGGCCGCCUACAAGGGCACGAGCCAGGCUUGGUGCCGCAAAGGUCCAUGAUCAACCUGCGUGGCGGCCCUAGUGGGGGCGCGUUGGGCAUGAGCGGUGGUCUUGGGCCACCGAGCCCACGCCUGCAGGCCCCAACCCCUGAGGCAGAUGAGAUUGAAGGCGAGACGCUGGGACAGCGCAUGCGUCGCCUCAGGGCCCGCGAAGAUGGUGACAACCUGCUCCCACGCGCUCGGCCAGUCAGCGGUGCCUUCUCGGUUGAGCUCCUCAGCCAACUGGGUGACACGUUCAAAGCGGACGAGGCACCGCCCACUGACGUUAAGGGUAAGCAGAAAGUCCAGUUGGCCGAGGAGGAAGAGACGCUAGGCCAGCGCCGGCGCCGCCUACAGGCCGAGCGGGAAGCCCGCGAAAGGGAAAUGGGCACUGGGACCAUGCUAAGCCCACCUACGGACAAACCCAUAUCAACUAUGCGCCACUCCAUGGCCGAUGUACUCGGUGCAAGUGGAGUUAAAACUGUCCUCAGCGACCCAAGACUGGACGCGGAAAAGGCGCGACGAGAAGAAGCAGCUCGAUUCAAAAAAGACCAGGAGCAAAAGUUCGCAGCCCUACGCGCCCAGAUGCCCUCGAACCUGAGCACACCCACUGUGAAUCGCUCUGGUGGCUACAUGGCAGGGCAAUUCAAUGAUGGAACCGGCGGUGGGUUGGGGACAAGGGCUAGCGUAAGCCCGGGUUCCUUUGGGGGUAUUCCGCCGGCCAUGAACAAUGGUAUGACCAUGCAGGGUAACAUGGCGAACAGGGCCGUGAUGGCCAAUGCUUAUAGUAUGGGCGCCGUAGGAGGUGGAAUGGUGGGUUUGGGUGUGCCCAAUGGAUACACCCAGCCGAUGACAAACGGCUACGGCAUGCCUCUGCACAUGCAGAUGCCAACUCAGAUACAGCAGCCAGGUCAGCAGUAUGAUAGGGUGGACAGAUGGAGGCAGAGCAUUGUGCCUUGAAACAACAUGACAGAGGAUCGAUAAGUGAAGGGCAAUACAUAGAGGCGCGGCAUAGUUGGGUACGCUUGAAAGUAGGGCAUUGAAAUACACAGGCAGCAUUGUAUCGGCGUUCUUUUUGUAUAGCGGGAUUCUGGCCGCUUGCAUGCUACGGCAUCAUGGGUGGCGGCGACUAUUAUCGAUUUGGUGGCAUGCAAAUGCGCAUAUAUUAUAUAUUGUAAUUGCUUUGGGGUUUAUGAGAGGUUAUGAGACUAGUCCCAGGUUUGUAGACGAUGUGGCGCAAUCAAGAUUUCACGAUGCUGAC